UUUCAAUGAAACAUUUUAAUUAAAAGUUAUUAUUGAAAUAGAGAAAUACAAACAAUCUACAUAUCUAUUUUUUGAUCAACCGCCUGAAAACCUCACAUGAAUACGAAAAUACGGCGAAUGGAAUCCCAUGUAAACAUUUUUUACCAGCUCGCAGAGAAAAUAUGCUGAAACACUCUUCCUGAGGAUUUUUAUUGAGAUGGCAGAGGUUCAUAUUGUUGGACAAAUUGUGGGAGCCUCAGGGUUUCCUGACCACAACCUCUUCUGUAAAUGGGGAGUCAACACAGGAGGUGCUUGGAAGGCUCUAGCAGGGCUUAGAGAAGGACAGACACAGGUGGACAACCCACAGCAACAUGACGCAGCCUACUGGGCCCACCCUAUAGACAUCCACUACGCUACCAAGGGCUUGCAAGGUUGGCCAAAGAUUCAUUUUCAAGUCUGGCAUCAAGAUUCUUUUGGAAGAAAUGAACUUUAUGGCUAUGGCUUUUGCCAUGUACCAACUACUCCAGGCAUGCACGAGAUUGAGUGCCCAACUUGGAGACCCUCGGGGAGUUUCAGAGAACAAGUGUCACAGUAUUUUCUGGGAGGAGGACCACAGUUGAAAAAUCCAGACUUGAUUUAUAGUGGUGCAGAUCGCUACAGACUUCAUACCAUUGCAAUGGGAAAUAUACAUUUAAGACUUGGAGUUAUACUCAGGAACUUUGACAAAUAUGGAAUUGAAUGUUAAUUGACAUCUUUAAAUCAGCUCCAUUCCACUUUUUUAAAAGUAAAAAUCUAUUAAAUUGUUAGGUAGGAGAUUACUUUGGGAAUGCCAUGUAAUAUUUUGGUGACAUUAGUUUUUUAUAUAUAGAUUCAUGAAUGAAACAUACUAUUUUUAAUAUUCACCAUCUGGAUUCCCAUAUUUGCAAAAUUGUGUUUUCAAGGGAAACAACUCUGAUCUUGUGACAAACUUUAUACACUAUUUAUGUAAAAUUUUCCAUAUGCUUUAUGUUGUUUGACAUGAAUUAUCAUGUAGCAGUUUGUAAAUAUGUAGGAACAAUACAGUUUAGGCUAAUAAAUUAUUUAACUAUAA